UCCCCUGGGACACCCCUGGCUGUCCCUAGCCCUGCUUUGGUGUGUGCCCACUGCACUGUGGGGUUGGGGGGGGCCCCCUCCACACCCCAGGGCGAGGAUGACCUCACUGCCCACUUCUGCGCCCCCUCCUCCCCACCCCCCACCCCGGGCAGUUCCUGGUUCCUGAAGCCCACGGCCAAUGUGGAGGGAUGUGUGGUUUGCUGCGCUCAGCCUGUGCUGCCCACACCAGAGCAGAGCUGGGGCGCGUAGCGUGCUGGGAAGUGGGGUAUUGCAGUGCGGGGGUGUCAGCAAGGAACAGAUAUGCCAAAAAUAGGUAAGGAGUAGAGCAAGAGAAGCGCAGGAAUGGUUAUUUAACUCUUAGCAAGCGAUGAUGGAUUCGCUUAGGGGUUCUGAGCGGUGCGGCAAGCCCUGGAAACCCAUCCAGCAGGAUCUUAAAGGCACUUGAUUUCGUUGCGGUCUUGUCCAGAAAUGCAACUGUGCUUCCUCGUCUCUGCUUGUCAGCGUACGCUGUAAACUCCUCGAGAAAGAGGCGUGUCUUACGCUUGUCCACGUGCGCCUCUGGAUAUCGGACGUUUUCGCUUGGCUCCCAUUAAUCUUGAAAUGCUUUGUGUCUCACUUUUGCUGCUGAUGCAUCUCUCUUUGUGCCUUUUUACUCUGAUGACCAUGGCUAGCGAUGAGCUCAAAGUGCUGGAGAACUUCUGGCAAUGUUUUAACUCCAGCUAUAGAUAUAAUUAGGCCUUGGAGAGUAGGGAAGUGUUGACAGUGGAGAAGGACAGGAGGAGAGUCUGUCCCUGGAUGGUCACGUUGUGUUUUGACCUUCUGUUUUAGAAACGCUUUCGUACACGGACGACACGGCCAUGAGCAGGUCGGUGGUGCAGUCCCUGCUAGCCAAGCGAGAGUUUGAUGAAGUUGAUAUGGCCAAGAGGUUUGCUGAGGAGUACAAGAAGGAACCCAACAGGGGCUAUGGGAUGGCUGUUGUCAACGUCUUCAAGAAGCUCCUGAGCCCCAAGUGCAACGAUGUGUUUGAACCAGCAAGAGCCCAGUUUAAUGGGAAAGGCUCCUAUGGCAAUGGCGGUGCCAUGAGGGUGGCAGGCAUCUCCCUCGUGUAUUCUGACAUCCAGGAUGUGAAGAAGUUUGCGAAGCUGAGUGCUGAGUUAACCCAUGCCAACUCCCUGGGCUACAACGGGGCCAUCCUGCAGGCCCUGGCCGUGCAUCUCGCCCUGCAGGGAGGACUCAGCAAGGAGACCUUCCUGGAGCAGCUCAUUAGCCACAUGGAAGAUGUAGAGGCAGACGAUAAGUCUCUUACUGACGCCCGAGCGUUGGGGUUUGAGGAUUUACCAUUUUCAAGGCGUCUAAAGAAAAUAAAGGAAUUUUUGGAGCUCAGCAGCGUUCCCAAAGCAGAUGUAUUAUUUGAAUUAGGCAACGGCAUUGCCGCUUUGCGGUCUGUCCCUACUGCAAUUUACUCCUUCUUGCGCUGUAUGGAAGCUGACCCAGAUAUUCCUGAUCACUACAGCAACCUGCAGAGGACCAUCAUCUACUGUAUCUCUCUGGGUGGAGACACAGACACCAUUGCUACCAUGGCAGGAGCCAUCGCAGGGGCUUAUUACGGGGAGGAACAGAUACCCCCAAGUUGGGAGCAGAGCUGCGAGGCUUUUCAAGAGACACAGAAGCUGGCAAAUAGCUUGUAUGAACUCUACUGCCAGCGGCUCUGAGCUCCAAGGGGAGCCUGUUUUCUGAAGGCAAAGUGGGUGGUCACCUCUGCUUUUCUGGUCAGAAGCCUGGUGGUGGAUCCAUGCCAUCUGCAGACGCCAGUGAGCCUCCACCUGAGAAAGACGCCUGCCGCUGGGAGUUGGGAGCUGGAGGCAUGAGCUGGUUUGGAAGAGAGGGGAUGUACCCUUCGGUUACGGUUCAGCUGGGAAGUGGCUGCAUGUGGUGCCUGGGACAGUGGGUGCCUCUCCUCUGAAGUGUACAGGAGUGUCUAGUUUUUCAUAAGGUUUCUGCUUCUUGCUUUGUCCCACCCUUACUAUGGCAUUUUGUCAUUACAGUUACUAGGCGGGUGUCUGAAUCUGCUGACUUUCUCGCUGUUUUCCUCUACUCCUGUGUGCCGUGGCCUUUGUUGCAGUUGUUCGUGACCUGUCCUGCAGUGGCUUUGAUAGGCUCCACACCCCUCUCAAAACACCGGUGCUGACCAGCUAACGGAUGUAGGUGGGAUUCGCCAGGGAGACACGUCCCCGGGGAGCUGGAGGGUGUCCUGCGUGGGGGCACGGGUUACCCGUGCUGGGGAGCGAGGGUGCGGGAGGGUAGCCCUCCCAGGGGGGGGUUCACUUCCUUAAGGGCAGAAGGAAAAGUGCCAGAGGUUGGAGAGGGGAUUGCUUUGCAUUGCUAGUGGUGGUGUGAGAAAUGCCUUUGGUGCCUGCAGACAGAACCCCAGUUGGCUCGGUGUUACUGCUGGAAGAGGGUGUAAUUAAUUCCCGCUCCUUUGGUGUCCUGUGCUCUGCGAUCCACCUGGCACCGUCCCGAUCUGUUGCAUUUGGUGUUCCCUGUUGUACCUGGCUUUCGCAUUGCUGCAGCUACUCCAGCUGUUUCCUUUGCUCCUAGGCCUUGCAUCCUGCGUUUUUAAUCCUGUCCUGCGUUAUGUCCAGGGCACCAAGUGAGGUUGCUGUUUAAAUCUGCGAGUGGAGGGAGCUGUGAAACCUAGUGUUAGACAAGGAUUGAACUCCUGCUUCUGCUGCAGUCAGUGACAAAAACGACCUCAGCUGGAAGCAGGAGUUACUUCUCAGUUUUAAAACUCUGUACUUGGUAAGAAACAUCUGAAAAUAAAGGGAAUGGUAGUUAAUCGGGGGAGAAUUUAUCAGAGUUUAAAAGAAUGUGUGCAUUUGAAGCUGGUACCGGUGGCCAAGAAUAUUCUAGCAAAGCUGUGUUGUUCCAGAGUGUCACAUUUAAACCCUUUGCCCAGUGGAGCUGGUCAAAAAGGGAGUAACAGUUUGGGUUUGGCAUGUCUAAAAAGGGUUAAAGGCUUUCUAAUAAUUGAAAACAAGAAGAAAGAAAGAGGCAAGCAGUCAUCAUAUGGAAAUGUUCAUAAAUUUGAAUAUGCCAAUGUGAUCCUCUAGUAUUUCUUGUGACACCGGGAAGUGUCCGUCCUGCUCAGAGCUCGCUCCCUGUUGGUAUCAGCACAUGGUGGUUGUGUGUCAGGCUGCAUGCACGCGUGGAAAAUCGGGCUGCGAGGGGUCGGCCCAGUUUUCCCUGUACUCCUUCCUUCAGGUGCCAGUCUCCUGCGUGAUGCUUUAAUGGGUUUUCCUCGUAUAAAUGCAUUCUUGUCCUGAGAACAUGUGGAGUUUCGGUCUAUUGUAUAUUUAUGUAUUGUGCUGCAGAUCUGAGAUGUAAAAUGUCAGGUUUUUCACGUUACUCUCCCAGAGGUGUGAACAUAUUCACGGAAUUAUUUAAAAGGAGGUAUUUUCCUUUUAAAGCAGUUAUAAUUUUAAAUGUUUGGAGUUCCUGCUCCUCUUUAAAAAAUAUAGCUCAUUUUAGGCCAGAAUUUAAAUGUGUACUAAACCAUUUAGCUCUGACUUCCUUGGAAAGAAAUAAAAUCACAUCAUUAUCUUUGUUAAUUAGCCACUGCUCCUGUCUUGUCAAUCAAGGUAUGAAGUUGUGCUUCCAUACUAAAUGGCAAGGAGUUGCAUGACAACCUCUGGGCUUUUUCUCCCUGCCCCGUGCUUCACUUUAAGGCUCAACCUGAAACUACUUUGUUACGGCUUCUUGAAGUCUUUCUGUAGAAAGCAGAAUGGGAGUUUUUCAGUGCUGGUCUCUAAGACAUCUUGCACAUAGCCAAGGCUCGUGCUUCAUCUGGGGUGAGUUUUAGCACUGGAAAUCCGCUGUAAAAACUACUUUCAGGUGGCUGCUCUUGCCUGGGAGCAGUAUGGGGCAGCUGAAGUUUGUAAAAGCCGAGGAGUGGUGGUUGUGGGUAACAGCAGGGCGAGUCGGAAGCAUCGAUGGCGUGCGUUGCAGGGAGGUUUGCUGGAGAGGCCCUUUCCCUUUGCUGGCUGUGGCUUGUAGGCUCUUUGCAGCGAGGAGCAGCGCGAGGAAGGCUGCUGGAGUCCAGCGUGCGAUGAUCACGCAGGAGUGUGCUGGGUGCCCCGUGACUUGCAGCAGGAGGAUCGCUUGUUCUUCGUAGUCAGCUUUUGAAGGAGUCUGCCCGCGUGGCAAUCAGGCUUUUCUGGAAGUGUUUCACCUGUAACGAGUAACGUCUCCUCUUCCAGGUGAUUCACCAUUUCUUCUGCUUUUGCUGCUCGGGACGCAGAGGUUGGCUGUGGAGAAGGUUGUGUAAUGCAGCAAAAUAAAAACGUAAUGAAAAAAACACGGAAGGGAAAGGGAAUCCCAAACACUUUGACUUAAAUUCCUCACAUUAAUAAUUGCCAGCCUGGAAGGGUCUGGAUUUCAUCAUUUGUUUAAAAUGAACUUCUGGAGACAGGAAUCUUUCCCUUAAAUCACAAGAAGCAUGGAAUACCUUCUUACAUAAAGAGUAUGUAUUAGCAAGCAAAUCUGCUGGACUGCUGGGACCAAGUGGGCUGGAUCUGGGGAGGAAAUACGGUGCAAGGGGUCUGCGGGAGUGGUCUUAGUAGCAAGGCUGAGCAAGCCCGUUAAUGAC